AUGGCUGGAACAUCAACUGGUGCUAUUAUUGCAGUUGGUCUAUCUGCACCUGAUAAAAAUAAUCGAACAAUACCAGGUUAUGAUGCAUCUCAGUUGGUUGAACUAUAUAAAACUUGUGGAAGGGAUAUAUUUAUUAAAAAGCCUCGUAGAUUCUAUAGCUAUCGUAGAAGUCCUCUAGCGUUAACACCUAGAUAUUCUUCUUAUGGUAAAAGAAGACUAUUUGAACGUUAUUUUGAUCAAACUUUAUUAUGUGAAUGUUUAACUGAUGUUGUUAUACCAGUUGUAAGGAGUGACGAUGCGCAUACUCAUUUAUUCACAAGAAAUAAUAGUUUAUAUUCAACAACUAUAGUUGAUGUUCUUAUGGCAACGACUGCUGCACCUACUUAUUUUCAACCGCACAUUUUGAAUAAUAUGAAUCAUAUUGAUGGUGGUGUACAAAUGAAUAAUCCAACGAUGGCUGCAUAUACAAAAGCUAUUGAAUAUGGUUAUAAAAAAGAAAAUAUAUUUAUAUUAUCAUUAGGUACAGGUGAUUCUAUAUAUGAUCCAUUGAAAGCCAAUGAUCAUCCAGAUAUUAUAUAUUAUCUGAAAAACCGCAGUGCUGUAGUUAAAGUUUUAAUUGAUAGUCAACAACAUAAUGUCGAUUAUCAGAUGAGCAUUUUAAUGGAUGAUGAACAUUAUUAUCGAUGGCAAGUAUGCUUUGAAGAACUUAUUGAAUUAGAUAAAUAUGAAGCAGAUACAGUGAAUAAAUUAGAAAAUAUUGCAUAUGAAUAUUGGGAAGAAAUGCAAAUCUAUGAUAAUAAUAGAGUAAACAGAUUGAUUGAGCGUUUAAAAUCUGAAUAA